GCGUGACGUAAAUAAAUAGGCUACUAGUGACGGCGGCUGCUCUGAAGUCUGCAUGAUGCACUUGGCGUUUUCCAAGUACUUGAGUUCCUUGCAACGUUGUAUCACACGGCUCGCGCAGAGCCGCUGGAGGCAGUCGAACCUCGAGCUCAACAGGAGGAGGAGGAGAGAGGACAACAGCAAAGUCUGCACACACACAAACAGUGGUUACUUCAACACAAGGAUCCACCUAAGCGUUCAUGGAUAUUCCCACCAUCGCAUGUCAUUUCCGCGGUAUCCUUCAACAUGAAACACCCGUAGGCUUUAAACAGCUUCUCCCGCGUCCAGCCUCCCCGCGCGCAGACAAGGACAGAGAGAAGAGACUGCGUCCCUACUGUCCAAACUAACAGCAAACACGCACCGGGCGUCUAAAGCGCAUUGGACAACAUGUCUAAAGAAACCAGAGGAAAGGCGACCCUACGAAAGCUCAGCGCUUCACACUGGCGCAUGCAGAACAUCGCCCAAGAAUCUGUUGACAGCUCUGAUGAUGAGUUUUUUGAUGCCCGAGAGGUGCUGGAGGGUAAAACGGCCAUGCUUUUGGGGAUGAGUCAGUGGAACUCGAAUGAUCUCGUCGAACAGAUAGAAACACUGGGCCACAUCGACCAGACUCAAGAGAGCCUCUACCAUCUCAGACGGACGAAAUUUCUUCCUCAAACAAGCAUUGAUGGUCUAGAAGAAACUGAGAAGAAGUGUCAGACUCAUGUGCUGGUGUUGGUGGUGCAUGGUGGCAACAUACUGGACCCGGCUGGUGGAGAUCCGAGUGCAAAAGCUGCAGAUGUGAACACACUGUCGUCAGUGCUGGACAAAGUAUCUGAAGCGCAUUACCAAGCUGCUGCUCAGCACGUGGUCAUCAAGUUGGUGCCUUGUCCUGCCGUGUGCGCCGAGGCCUUCUCCCUCGUGUCCAAUCUGAAUCCUUACAGCUAUGAUGAGAGUUGCGUGUCCAGCAGUGUUGACCAUCUCCCAUUGGCAGCCUUACCUCUGCUUGCAAUUGCUUCUCCACACUAUCAAGAUGCCGUGGCAACCGUUAUCGCCCGCACCAACCAGGUGUACCACAGCUUUCUGCAGUCUCCAGAAGGUCAAGGGUUCACUGGGCGGGUGUGUCUAUUGGGUGAUUGUGUGGGAGGUGUGUUGUGUUUUGAUGCUCUCUGCUUCAGUAACAGCCCACGGCACAGCAGCCCAGUCCACAACAGCAGACAUAACAGCAUGGAAAGUUUAAAGGACAACGCUGAGGUCAGUCCGAGACUGAACUCCAGCAAGCGUCUCAGCAGAAGCAACGUAGACCUCUCUGCCCCUAGCGAAUCCGGCAGCAGGAAAGCCCCUCUCAGGCGCAAACAGAGCGACUCCCUCGAUGGAGACAGUCAGCACCACACGUUCUUGAGCAGUCUGACACAGGACGGAACUGAUCUGAGACCAGGCAGCAGCACCAGUCUAGUGUUGAAUCCAGGUCGCUUUGACUUUGAGGUGUCCGACUGUUUUCUGCUCGGCUGUCCUCUUGGAUUGGUGCUGGCCAUGAGACGCACCGUACUUCCUGCCAUCCAGGUGUCUCAGCUCCGGCCUGCGUGUUCUCAAAUCUUCAACCUGUUUUACCCGUCUGACCCUUCGGCUUCUAGACUCGAGCCCCUGUUACAUUCCCAGUUCCACAAACUGCCUCCCUUCCCUGUAUCCCGAUACCAGCGCUACCCACUGGGUGAUGGUCGCUCCAACCUUGUUGUCAAUGACAUCCACAGCUACCCCGACGUGUUCUUGCACGGCACUGCGGUUCCACCGGUCGCCCCUCCUUCCUCCUCUUCUCAGACAGAACAGAGUGCAGGAGGCCGGGUGGGUGGCGAGGUCCGCAGGUCCAGUUUGACCAGCAUGGACAGUCAGUUGUCGGGCUGCUCGGAAAGCAGACUUAGCAGCACCAUCGCCAACAUCACCAGCAGCUGGUGGGGAUCUAAGCGGUUGGAUUAUGCUCUGUACUGUCCAGAUGUCCUGACAACUUUCCCCACAGUGGCUCUUCCUCACCUGUUUCACGCUUCUUACUGGGAGUCCACCGAUGUGGUUGCCUUCCUUCUGCGACAGGUGAUGCACUGUGACUUUGUGAAAACCCAAGAGAAGUACAACACUGACUCCGCCCCCUUCUCACCUUCGAGUUCGAGAGAGAAGUGGCUACGCAGACGCACACACGUCAAGCUUAGGAAUGUCACAGCCAACCACAGAGUUAAUGAUGUCAUCACGACCGAGGAUGGGCCCCAGACUCUGGUUGGUCGCUUUAUGUAUGGUCCCCUUGAUAUGGUUUCUCUAACUGGUGAAAAGGUGGAUGUGUUUGUAAUGACCCAGCCACAGUCAGGUCGCUGGGAAAAUUUUGACACUGAGGUCACCAACAGCAGUGGCAGGGUGACCUACACCAUCCCCAAGACCAAAAAGCUGGUGCUGGGAGUCUAUCCUAUCAAAAUGGUCGUCAAGGGAGACCAGACUAGCGCAGAGGCUUUUCUGACGGUUUUGCCGCGGGGAAUGGAGUGUGUCGUCUUUAGCAUCGACGGUUCGUUCGCAGCUAGCGUCUCCAUUAUGGGCAGUGACCCUAAAGUGCGACCUGGAGCCGUGGAUGUGGUCAGACACUGGCAGGACCUGGGAUACCUGAUCAUUUACAUCACCGGCCGUCCGGACAUGCAGAAGCAGAGGGUGGUCUCCUGGCUUUCUCAACACAACUUCCCACAGGGAAUGAUCUUCUUUUCGGAGGGGCUGGUGCACGACCCACUUCGUCAGAAAGCCAUCUUCCUUAGGAAUCUGGUGCAAGAGUGUCACAUUAAAAUCAACUGCGCCUACGGCUCCAUGAAGGACAUUUCCGUCUACAGCAUGCUGGGCCUCAGCCCCAACCAGAUAUAUAUCGUGGGACGGCCAUCGAAAAAAUACCAGAACCAGUGCCAGUUCCUUAGCGAAGGCUAUGCUGUGCACCUCUCCUCCCUGCAGUUCAGCCACAGAGCCCGACCCAAGAAGACCUCCUCGGUGCGGAUGGUGCUGCGAAAGGGCUCCUUUGGUCUGUCCGCCAAACCGGACUUCCUGUGCAAGCGCACGCACCUCCGUCGCACCAUGUCUGUCCAGCAGCCUGACCCUCCCAUGACGGCCAACCCUAAACCGGAGCGAGCUCAGAGCCAACCCGAGUCGGACAAGGAUCCCGGGGGCGGAGGGGGAGUGGGUCAUGGCGUGUGGGCGCGGGGGUCCAUGCACCGUGGCGACACUACUCCCUGACCAAGGAGAAGCAUAAUGGAAAGAGGAGAGCUGGAAACGACUUGGUGGACAGAAACCAGCAUUUUUGCAUCCUUUCCGGCCUCUGCUGAUGUUUGACUACAUGAGACAAUGAUGUAAAAUAAACUGCUCAACAAAGGGCCUGCUCUGCAGGGAUCUGUUAUGGAUCUAACGUUGCGUGAAUCCUGACUCAAUGCACGAGCUCUCUGUUUGAACACCGGGAACACAAGAGAAUUUAUGAUAUUGUUACUGAAAUUAUUUUCAUGAGGUUUUUUUCAACCAAUUCUGAUGCUCUGGAGAUGUAAACAUUGUAUCUAUUAUGAACUUCUAAUCUCAGCCUCAUUUGGCUAACGGUUCAUUCACAGACCCUCAGAUGGAUAUAGAGCUUGUCAAUCGACGUCACGCCGUGUUGAAAGUUCCACAAUGUUGGGAGCCAGGCUGCUAUUGCGUAUUGACUAUUUUGUUUUAUUAAAGGGGUGAUUCGCCGGAAAUACGUGUUUUUCUUUGUCUCUGGUGUGUUAUAAGUUGCCCAUGCAUGUAUUAGACACGUAAAAUUGCUAAAUUUAAGUGUCGGAACAAAAGAUGUAUUUUAUCUAGAAGCAAAUGCUCACCCUGACCUGCCUGAAGCGCUUUGUGUAACAACACCCCGGUGAAUCUACGUCAGUUCGUUACACGAUUUGACUUAGACCGCCCAAAUCUAAACGCAAGUAAGGUUGGUGGUCUUGUAAAUCUCAUUGUACCGUGCAGUAUUCGAACAAUCACUACGCACUAGUGAACUGGCCAAUCAUAGCACACCUCGCUUUUUAAAAUUAUAGCGCGUUUCAGAGAGGCGGAGCAAAGAGGAGAUACAAACAUGCGUGCUAUGUGGAAAAUACAGCGUUUUUUUACCUUAAAUUGUGUAUACACAUUGUAUUACAUCUAAAGCAAACAAUAAGCCACGUUUUAGCCACGUCAAAUAACCCCAUUAAGUAAUAUAACUAUGGUAGGUCGGUCUUGCUGUAUUAAAAACUACAAUACAAUUACGCGGAGUCGUUCUUGAAAAGGCCCUGGUAGUUUCACUUUCGAUGUCUCCAUAUGUCAAACAAAACAAGUUACGGUACAUAUCAAAACCAUAAUAACAGCGGAGUAUGAGCCUCCCAAGAUGCCGGAACAGCCGGCGGAACUGCUUCAUAAAACGAAGGGGCGUGACGUCAUCUUCACAUUCUCUAUCUGAAAUGUCUGCUUGUUUACAUUGCACCAAGCUGAUGUAGUGAGCACUUUUGAGGAAGAGUUUUUCAGAUGCACUUAUGGUAAACUACAGUAGAAAGUCUUGUAGAAACUAUAUUUCCACAAGCAGAAAUUGUAUUUUGAAUGUUGUUUUCCGACUAUGGAAAACCCUGUACAUUAGAUGGAAAUAUUGAAUCCAGUCUAAAGGCAUUUUUCACUCUUCAUCCUGUUUACCAACGACUGCAAUGCCAACUGUCAGUCAGGUGGUCUUAUCCUAUUUUGGGGCACAAUUUAAGGUGUCUCACAUUCCCUCAAGAGGAAAAAGAUAUCCGAUCAAGUUUUCUCUGAGCAAUACACGAGCACUACACAGGACAGUGAGGAACCUGCUGAUGAGACAGGCGCUGAUGCUGACUCCUGCAAUAAUCCCUCUGUUGUAAUUUUCCAGGCAUUUUUCUGCUCUCUGGACGGCUGUCAGCAGGCCGCUUGUGACCAGACGGACUUGCAAACUGUACAUUAACCUUUUGUGCAGUGUGGCGACCUCACGUCAACUUUGUUACCACUGCUUCUGUUCACCCACAACAGAACCUGACAGAAACGGCCCUGUCCUGAAACGCCACCGCACCUGAACUCCGCCCCGGCUCCCGUCACGGUUCACAGGUCUCAAAUACGCUGACUGUAACUUCAGAAUAUUUAUAACCGUCAAUGGUUUUACUUGUGCCUCGAGUAUGUUUGAUGUAUUUGCUUGUGGCGAUAGCUGACUGCAAAAAUACUGCAACGUUUUUGUCUUGUUUACUAAUAAAAAAAAUCUAAAAAUCCUUAAAGGGAUAGUGCACCCAAAAAUUAUUAUUCUGUCAUCAUUUACUCGCCCUCUUGUCAUUUCAAACCUCUAAUGACUUUCUUUUGAAGAAAGUCACUUCUAUUGUAUGGACACAAAACCAGUGCAAGGGAAUGGGGCCAACAACAUUCUUCAAAGUAUCUUCUUUUGUGCUCUGCAGAAGAAAGUAAGUCAUACCGGUUUGAAAUGACAUGAGGAUGAGUAACUAAAUGAUGAUCGAAUUUUCAUUUUGGGGUGAACUAUCACUUUAAAACAUGAUCAGUUUAUUUGAGAGGAAAAAAUGCAGCGUUUUCUCUUGAGACAAAUCUCAUAUGCAAUUUACCCACUCAAGUAAAUGUUUUAAGGGUUUAUUUUCUGGGACACACUGUAAAAAUAAUGCUUUCUCUCCAUUUCCUCUUUAUAGACCAAAUAAUUGUUUUAAGUUUGUAUUGUAUUGUAUAGUAAAUGUGCUUGUCAAGUAUGCCGUCUUGUUACAUUAAACAGUUUAGCGGUAUGACGACAGACCCUGAUAUUGUUUACAUGUUACUCUAUCUGACAGAGUGCACACUAGGGUCUUGUUGAAGUACCUACUAUAUUAGUAUCUUAUACUUUUAAUCUUUGUGUUACAAUAAACAUAUGGACUAUCUGGCACUAUGAUAUACUGGUUGUCUCACAGUGCUGUAUUUAAAUCACAAUGACACUGUCUGUAGUUCUUGUAAUGUCAUGUUUUCCUUUUCUAGUUGCUGACUUUUGGUAUUUUGUAUUGGGCUGUCUAUUGAAAAUUGUCAUUCGACAACAAAAGUAUUUAUGGAAUUGUAUUCUUGUAUAUUUAACUGUAAAUGUUUAUAGUACUCUUAAGAUUGUGUGAAAGUGGUUAGGCAUGAGUGUCCGUGUGAGGCUGUAUUUAUACAUAAAUAUGCAUAUUUCAAAAGGGGAGUGUACGUUUGGAGAGCUUUUCUAUUCAAUGUAUAUAUUUGUAAUGCAGAGAUCGUGCUAGUGGCCUUUGGUUUCCCCACAAGGAUCCUCUGACGUUUAAAGUUAUAAACUGAGCCUGUAAUUUGUGUCACGACCAUGGAGAUUUUAUACAGUAGGCAGACUCUAUUUUUAUUCUUUUGUGUGUGUGAUCAUUUAAACAAUGUCGAGCAGUGUUGAAGUCAUUGCUGAAUUGACAAUACGCAUAUAACCUUACCAAUAUGUAUAUUCAUUUGUCUUAUACAGUAUCUAUACUCUCAGAUGUGAUCAAGUAUUUGUAUUUUCACAAUGUUGUCAAAUGUAUGGUAUUCGUAUUGAAACGUUGUGCAAGACACAACUGUGCCAAUGGCAAACAAAACCAUUUGGUCUAUUUUAGUGGCUGUGUUUUGUUGGACCUGUAUACCGAGCUGUCGAAACAAAUAUAUUUCAUUCGCACUUCAAUAAACCAGCUAGUAACUCAA